AUGCCUAAUAUUCGAAUUGCUUCGCUGGUGUACCAGUACCAAUCAAUCGACGUCCUUGGGCCAUUGGAUGUCCUUGGCUCUGGCAGCAAGGUCGUGGCAAAACUACUGAAAAGCUACCGCCCUAUAAGCGACGGGCUCAUUGCCGCGGCACCGGAGGUCGAAUUUCAUCACCUUGGGGUCACUCUGGAUCCCGUCCAGUUGAUGGGCGGUCACACCAUCGUGCCAACAGCAACUGUCGACAAGGCACCGGAGAUUGACAUUCUCAUCCUUGGCGGUCCUGAUGUUGGAAACUUCACACUACAACCCGAGUUUGCGGAUUACAUCCGUCAGCAUGUUGCUGCCGGCAAAACUCUCCUCACCAACUGCACUGGUUCCUACGUGGCCGCUUUAACCGGGGUCCUGGACGGUCGCAGGGCCACAAUGAACAACGUAGAACUCGAAUGGGCCAAGAAGCAAUUCCCGAAGGUCAACUGGACUUCUGAGACCAAGUGGGUCGUGGACGACAACCUUUGGACGGCCGCAGGAGCCGUUGCAGGCAUGGACAUGACGGCUCACUGGCUCAAGGAGAAUUAUGGGCAGGAGGUUUUCAUAUUGUCAACCAUGGGCCUGGACUUCGAGCCCAGGGAUGUUAAUGGCGUGCUCAACGUCAUCCCGCUGCGAUUUGACGCCAAGGGAAGGCAGAUCUCGACGCACGUCUUUCCGUACUACGACUCGUACUAG